AUGUUAAUAUCCAGCGGUGCCCGCCGCCUCUGGGUCUGCACCCGCUGCGUCCGCCGCCGCGUCGCCGCGUCCCUCCCGCCGCCGUCGCGACGAUGCCAGUCCACCGCCGCCGCUUCCGCCGCGCCGCCGCCGUUGCUUGACCACGGCGUCAGCUCGCGGCACGACGACGCGGUGCUGCGCGAGCUCUUUGACGCCCCCUCGUCGGGCCGGCAGCCGUUUGCGGGCUUCGGCCUCAAGAAGAAGAGCCAGGGCCUGUUCAAGAACCGCUACCUCACCAGCCCGGACGGCUUCCUCGUCUUUGCGCGCCGCAACCUCGACAAGGCCACGGCCCUGGUGCGCCGCGUCCUGGCCGCCAAGACGACGUCCGAGUACCAGGGCCUCGUGCGCGACCUCGACCGCCUCAGCGACUUGCUGUGCCGCGUCCUCGACCUGUCCGACUUUGUCCGCAUGACGCACCCGGACCCGGCCUUCCAGCAGGCCGCCGCCCACGCCUGGUCCAUGGUUUACCAGUACAUGAACCAGCUCAACACCACCACGGGGCUCGACGACCAGCUCGCCCGCGCCCUGUCCCUGCCCGACGUCACCGCCGCCUGGUCCGAGGAGGAGGCGGCCGUCGCCGACCUGCUCAAGCUCGACUUCACAAAGUCGGCCGUCAACCUGCCCAAGCCCGACCGCGACCGCUUCGUCGACCUGUCGUCGCGCAUCAGCGAUGUCGGCUCCGCCUUUGUGCGCGACAUGGAGCCCCGCCGCCGCGACCUGACGCUGCCCUCGCACCGCUUCUACGGCCUCUACCCGGGCCUCGCCGCCGCCCUCAAGGUCCGCUCCGACAUCAAGCUCGCCACCACGGGCUCCGAGGCCACCGCCGCCCUGCAGAGCGUCUACGACGAGGACACGCGCCGUGACAUCUACCUCGCCCAGCGCACCGCCUCGCCCCGCACCAUCGCCCUGCUCGAGACCAUGCUGCGCCUGCGCGCCGAGCUCGCCCGCCUCGCCGGCUUCGACAGCUACGGCCACAUGGCUCUCAAGGACCGCAUGAUGGCAAAGUCGCCUGCCGCCGUCGGCGAGUUCCUCCGCGCCCUGCGCGCCCACAACGCUCCCACCGUCCAGCGCGAGCUGCGCGAGCUGACGGCCAAGAAGCGCGAGCGCCUCGCCAUGCCUGACGUCCGCCUGCAGGCCUGGGACCGCGACUUUUACAUGGAAAAGAUGCGCGCCGACAUGCGAAGCCGCGGCCAUGCGGGCGCCGGGCAGUACCACCACCACCAGCACCACCAGCUUGCCGCCUACUUCUCCGUCGGCACCGUCAUGCAGGGCCUGUCGCGCCUCUUCGACCGCCUCUACGGCGUCCGCUUCGUCCCGCGCGACGCCCUCCCCGGCGAGACGUGGCACCCGGACGUCAAGCGCCUCGACAUCGUGUCCGACGCCGGCGAGCAGCUCGCCGUCCUCUACUGCGACCUCUUCUACCGCCCGCAAAAGUCGCCCAACCCGGCCCACUUCACCGUCCGCUGCUCGCGUGAGAUCCUCGCCGCCGAGGUCGCCGAGGCCGCCGCCGACUUCCAGGGCGCCGGCGCCGACGGCAUACCGGCCUUUGACUCCCCCGAGCAGGCUGCCAACGACGGCAUGGAGACGUCGACGCGCGACGGCACCCUCAAGCAGCUGCCCACCAUUGCCCUCGUCUGCGACUUCCCCAAAAACGACAACGCCCGCGAGCCGGCCCUGCUGUCCUACUGUUCCGUCGAGACCCUCUUCCACGAAAUGGGCCACGCCAUCCACUCCAUCCUGGCGCGCACCUGCUUCCAAAACGUCUCGGGCACCCGCUGCGCCACCGACUUUGCCGAGCUGCCCUCGACCCUCAUGGAGCACUUCGCCGCCGACCCGGCCGUCCUCGGCCUCUUUGCCCGCCACUGGAAGACGGACGCCCCGCUGCCCUGCGACCUCGUCGCCGAGCGCAUCCGCCUGGCGCGCCGCUUCGAGGGCUCCGACACGGAACACCAGAUCCUCCUCGCCAUGCUCGACCAGGCCUACCACAGCCCCGACGUCGCCCGCCCCGGCUUCGACUCCACCGCCGUCUUCCACGACGUCCACCGCCGCAACGCCCACGGGCCCCACGACCCCCCCGAGACGUGCUGGCAGGGCUUCUUCGGCCACCUCCACAGCUACGGCAGCACCUACUACAGCUACCUCUUCGACCGCGUCCUUGCCGAGCGCGUCUGGCGCGUCGUCUUCCGCGCCGGCGGGUCCGGCGGCGCCGCCCUCAGCCGGGAUGCUGGUGAGCGCCUCAAGCAGAACCUGCUCAAGUGGGGGGGCGGCCGCGACCCCUGGCGCUGCCUUGCCGACACCCUUGCCGAUGACCGCCUGGCCCCCGGCGAUGAUCAGUCCAUGGCCCUGGUCGGCAGCUGGGGCAUUAAGGACGACAAGGCCCCCAGGCCAAACUAG